CUUGAACAAAAGCGACACAACAUCCCUGUCAAAACAAGCAUCUACGACUUGACCAACAAUAAACCAAGGUAUUACGCUUUGUGGUCUACGGUGCUGCUGCUGCUGCUGCUCUACACAUAAUUUGUGCUGUUUCUAGCAAAUCCGCGUGCAAUCAUUUGCGCUGUGUUAGAUUCCACCGGCGCGCGUGUGUGUCUGUGUGGGGGACAACGAGUAAACCGCACCGCGAAACCCAUUGUUCCGUACAGCGGAUUUCUAUUUGUCUUGCCUGCUGUGCGAAAAUCGGUGAUGGAUGGACGAGGCUGAACCAUUGCGGGGAAAGCAGAAGAUUCGCGAAACAAGCUUUUUGCGGCAAGCAAUACGGGUGGCAUCGAGCAGUGUGUUCGACCCGGACUCGUCCGGACUGGCAAAGGACUGUUCCCAUUCAUUCCCGACUACGAAAUGCAGCUGCUGUCGACGGGACGAAGCGAACGAAAGAAUUGGUCACCCUGAAUGAAAGUGCAUUUUAUUAUCUGAACACGAAAUACGGCGAGAGAAACGGCAUCGUACACGCGUACGGAUAGACGAUAGCGGGGUCAUUCAUCGAUAGCAGAACGAUCGUGUUCGAAAUGUCGAAGCAGCAGGGAAAGUACGAGCUGCUCAAAGAGGACACAAAGCUGAGGAGGCAACAUACCUACAUUCAGAGCUGUUUGCUGCUAGCUCUUUGUGGCAUGUCGAGCCUUACGGUGUACGCAACAUGGACGAUGAUAUAUCGACAGAAUCUAAUUAUACCACCGGCCCUCUUAGAUGUUUCACUGCACUGGCGGAACCGUCUCGUGCUGUAUGAGGAAGCAUUACGGCAAACGCUUAAGCAGCAGGCAACUGUGCUUCCAACCUAUCCGGACCGUCCCGGCGGGACGGGAGGGGCCGCUAAAAACAUGAUCGUUAAAAGUAUCUACGCAACCAACGGUUCCACCGUGCUGCCGGACAAUAUCUUCCGCCCAACGAUACCGGCCGGCGACCGGGACGCAACGCACCCGGGCAGCAAACCGUUCGAACCGUUGCGCGUGAAAGAGCUGGACAGUGAGCGAAUAUUUCCAUCGCGCUUUGGUAACUACAUCUACUCGCAGGAGGCAAUGAAUGGGCAACCGCCGAGCCCGAAAAUCGUGUGCUACUAUACGACACCGGCACUGAACGCUGCCCGGCGGCAGGGCGGUCUCGGACGGGGUCACAACCUGCGCCACAUACUGCAGCCCGACCAUAUCGAUGCUACGCUCUGUACGCACCUAAACAUCGGCAUAAUCGAUAUCGUCAACCACACGCUGUACAUCGAUGCCGAUGUGCGGGAAGCCCUAGCGAGUACGAAGCAGCUCAGGCGGGUAAAUCCCUCGCUGCGCAUACUGCUCUGGGUUGGUGGGGCGAGCGUCGGCGGGUUCGCGGAGAUGGUCGAAACCCACGCCACCCGGAAGCUGUUCAUACAGUCGGUGAAGGCGAUGCUGGAGCUGUACCAUCUCGACGGUGUCGAUCUGGACUGGGAGUUCCCCGAUAAUGGCGGCAAACGGCGGAUGCAUUUUUCGCAGCUGCUGCACGAGAUAAGGCGCGAGUAUCAGCGCGAGCACCGUACGUACAUACUGAGUGUGGCCGUUGCGCCGCAGGAAACGAUCGCGUACAUGGCGUACGAUGUGGCGGAAAUUAACAAUUACGCCGACUACGUCAACCUGAUGACGUACGACUAUCAUUUCUAUUCGCCCGAUUUACCACAAACAGGUCUAAACGCACCGCUGUACCGUAGAGCGAACGAGCGCUCGCUGCUGGGAACGCUCAACAUUAACGAAUCCGUGCACUACUGGCUGUCGGCCGGUUUGGAGAAAGGCAAGCUCAUACUGGGUCUACCCACGUACGGACAUUCCUUUACGCUCGUCAGCCCGUUCAACACGCGCAUCGGUGCGCCGGCGUCCAACUUUGGGCGCGUCGGUACGUUCGGCUUUGCGUCGUACGCGGAAGUCUGUUGGUUCCGCCGGUACAACAUCUACGUCCAUCAGGUGUACGAUGUGGACAGCUGCUCGCCGUACCUGUACUCCGGCAGCGAGUGGAUCUCGUACGAGGACGAGCGAAGCCUCGAGUGCAAGGCGAAGUACAUCAAGAGCCACGGGUUCGGUGGCGCGAUGAUCUUCUCCCUCAACACCGACGAUUUCGGUUCGUACUGUGCGGACAAUGCGCUGUACCGGGACGACGACGGUGCUGCCCCGAGACAGCAGGCAAGCUUCCCACUGUUGCGCAAGGUGCGGUCGGUGCUGGUGGAAACCGAUGCGAACAAAUCGGCGACAAACCAUCAGCAACUGGACGGUGCGUCGCUUGGUACCCGGACGGACCCGAACGGUGAGGAACGCCGGUGAACCAUCGUAAUAACGAGUUGUAUCGAGCUAGAUGCCAGCGCGUUUACGGUAAGCAUGCCCAAGACAUACAUACCGCUAGUGGUAAGCGAAUGAAUAUUGCAGCUAGAAGCGAAGCACCUGAAGUGCCGUGUAGUAACCCUGUAAGAGAGGGGAUACUUGUUGAUAGUCUAUUUAUUUUACGCCCCGUUUGUUUGUUUGCUAAGAUUUUUUUCUUCCGUUUUACCGUCGCUUUUGCCCUGCCGAAUGUGAUCGAUUUUGUGCUUCCUCCCGUUUUGCUGAAAUUGUAGAGAGAGAGAGAGAGAGCAAAAAACGCGCUUCAAACAGUUACCGGUUAUUAGGGCUUAUUGUGAAAGCCAAACGGAAAGCAUUUUAUUAUGAACGACUCCUCUAGACGGGUAGUGAACGAAAAGCUUCGAAACCUGUAAAAUAGCUAAAUCAUGAACAUAGCAACCCGAGAGAAAUAAGUCUGUUUACUUUGCAAGUGUUAAAUUUUAAAUUCUUGUACUGUCCUGUAGUUGUUCUUUCUUCCGACUGAUUUCAGGAAAUCAUCCUUAGAAGCUUAAAUUAAAAACUUUGAAUUUUCUUACACAUUUGCGAUCGGCUUUUUAAACGUCUGAUUGAGCUAAACGGAUGGUCAUAAUACGGUGGUGACCUGCUGACCGUGACGUUUGAGAAGACGUUUGGCACUCACAAUAAGGCCCUUACAUCGAAAGGUUCUAGUCAAGACACGCAAUUCGGUCGGUGCAUUUUUUUUCCUUUCUAACGAAUGAAGAAGCAGCGUUUAUUUUGUUUGUUACAUCCGAGCGUGCAAAAUCCGCCAUAAAAGUAUGCAGUAUGAUUUAAGAUAGAUAGAGCAAAAGGAAGCGUUCGAUCGAUUUUCUUAUCCGCUUCUUUACCGCUGAUCACACCGCGUUGAUCAGUGCUCUGUGAGCAGUGUGCAAAUGGGCUUCAAUGUGUUUUGCUCGCCAAAAAAAAAGAAAGUUGUGAACGGUGUCUAUUUGUAUCGUAUUCCAAUAAUCAUUCCGGUUUAAUGUUACGUGAACUAUUCAAAUUGUACAUAGUUUAUUCUUUUCUUCUAAGCACAAAUAGAGCCAUGCCAUGUGCUUAUAGAACGAGUUUUUAAAUUUAGACAGGCAGAAGAAUCGUCUACAGAGAGAAGCAACAGCAGGAAAGGAAAAUGCAAACUACAGCAGGAAUAACCGCGGACACCAGAUAUCGAUGUACCAAUUUAUUGUCUUCCAGCAAAGUUAAACAAAGCAAACAUGGCCUGUAUAGUUCUUUGCGCUGUCCAAAACUGUGUGUCCCCAGCCUAGAUCGCCCGUUUCCUCCCACCCACCAGUUUUGUUUUUACACUUAUUGAGGCUAAAACCCAAGGGGGGUAAUUAAUGCUGAAUACGCCAUUCCACCAGUUGUUGGUCCUGUAUGUACAGAAAGAGAAAACCUUCGUCGGAUUCGAAGCAAAAAAACAAAAAAGAAAACUGAAAAAUGUGCCUCUGAUUGAAUCCGCGUCUCUGUUGCUUUCUUUUAAAUCUGUUUCAUUUCUUCGUUAAAAAUAUAUUAAUUUAUAUGUUUACUUGUUUAACGUUUUGUUGUUUGGUUUAUUAAUUUAUUGUUACCGGAGCAUCAGCAUUUUAGGGAGUAAAAAAAAAAGGUUCUGCGCGAGUAGUGUUUAAACUGUUAAACUGCAAUAAUCGCACGACACGCUCUGUUUUUUUAUACGGAAAUAUAUCUAAAAGAAGGAAAAGAAAAGACAACAAAAAAACAAACAA